AACACUAUUGAGGUAGAGGUAGAAAAUAUCCUUCUAUGCGUCCCUCUCAACCCCGACUAUAAUUAUCCACUUUUUGUGUGAGCAUUCUUUAGCACCCACGAGUCCAAGAAGACAAAACACAAGAUCAAAAAUAUGAGCGACCCAAGCGGCGGCCAGACUUCAACAACUACUGUCGGUGGAGACAACGGCGGCGGUAAUAGCGGCGGUGGAAACGGUGGUGGAAGCAGUGGCACGUUUGCUCAGCCGCAGAGAGCAAAGGUGAGGAAGCAAGUGUGGGCUGGAGUUCUUGGCAUCUCUUCCAUCUCCACCAACAAAUAAUAUUUUCUCAUAAAUUUCCUUUAUUACUUUAAAAAACAAGUCCAAGUGAAAAAAAUGGUGGGCGGUGAUUACUAUGCUUGAUCAUCGUUCUUCUUAGUUAACUGUGUCUUAAUAACAAUCUAGCGAGGUCAUUAGACCACCGUCUUCAUUGUAAUGAGAUUUUUAAUUAUAUAUUCUUGCCUUCAACUUCU